CCUACCCACUCGUUUAUAGUCGGGAUUUGCUGUGACAUCCACUAUGGCAAUAUGAUAAACAUAGCCAAUAGUCAAUGGCCACAUAAACCGAGUUAUCAGCAAAAUGAAGUCAUGUGCAAAUCAUAUGAUACUCAAUUAUGAUGCGUCAAUCAACGAUUGGCUUUCACAGCCCAAAAGCACGGUCUAUAACUCUAUUCGCGAAACACCUAAUUAAAUACUCAGGUCCCUGUUCUCUAUGCGCUUUCUCUGUACUUGAAAAAGCCAUUGAAGAAGCAAAGAGAGCUUUGAUUUUCCAUCAAUGUGGAAGCUCAAGGAGUCUAUGUUGGGAAAUGAUGAUGAAGAGGGAUCAAGAGAGGGCUUCUUGGAUGAAGAAGCAGAUGGGUUUUUUUCUCUCUCUCCUAUGCAGAGAAUUUAUGCUUUUGCCGCGUUUUUUGUCGCUGGUCUAGCUUGUAUGAUCCUGUCACUUAUUGUUUUUGCCAAACCCAUCAAAUUUUCCGUACUGUUCACAUUUGGCAACCUGUUGGCAGUUGGAAGCACAGCCUUCCUCCUUGGACCUGUCCAACAAAUGAGGAUGAUGUUUGAUUCUUCUCGUGUCUAUGCAACUGCUAUUUACCUUGGAUGUGUUGUUUUAGCUCUCAUUUGUGCUCUCUGGAUCCAUAACAAGAUUUUAACAAUAAUUGCAAUCAUAAGUGAGUUAUGCGCCCUUAUUUGGUACAGUCUGAGUUAUAUUCCUUUUGCUCGGAGAAUGGUCUCUGGAUUGAUGAUGCGUUUAUGUGACACUGAGCUUUAGAAGUUGAAGUUGAUCUUUUGAGAGAGUUGAAAUUUUGGGAUGCGAAUUUUUUCUUUGCUCUGUUAUUAUUGAUGUUUGAGUGAGUUACCUGCAAAAAAAGAAAAAAGAAAAAAGAAAAAAAAAAAGGUUUUGAAAUGCCACAACCGGAUUUAGGUUGGUCUUUUUAGGGCUGUGAUUGUUGUAGGAAAAGAUAAUUGUACAUUUCUUAGCUGCUGCUUCCCAUUCCCUUUGUUGUCUUUUGUUUUGCUUUACUUUCUUUUGGUUAAGAGUUUGCAAAAAUUUCUCUA